UGCGGAAGUUUCUCGUGACGUCACCGUGACGUUUCAGUAGGCCGGUCUGUUUUCACUUCCGGUAGAGUGGGACAUCCCGCGGCUCCGUCCGAGCGGGGCUACAUCACUCCUGUGUCCUACUUUUACACUUUUGCUUCCAUUUUACAGCUCUGGUUGGAAACGGAUGCGUUUUAUUGCGGCGGCCCGCCUGCAAUAAUGUAACGGUCAUCUCCGCUGAAUCGCUGGUUAGUGAGUGUUGUUGUGAUUGUGUUGUUAUGGAGUGCGGAAUCAGCGGCGGUCAUAUGUGCUGCUGAUCCAGACGUCCACCCACAAACAGCGCGAUCUCCGUCUGCUCUCACACCGCACUGAGAUACAAAACAUGGCCAAGCAUCUCAUCUGCUGCUGGAUUUGGGGUCUAGUGGCUCUUUUCUACUUUGAACAAGCACUUUCUUUUAAUCUGGACAUUAGCAAACCCACAGUUUUCGCUGGACCUCCGGGAAGUUACUUUGGAUUUUCUGUGGCUUUCUUCAACGCUGAUAACAAACAGUUAAACGUACUGGUCGGUGCACCGAGGGCAAACACAUCUGAUCAAACCCCGUCAACAGUCACUGAGAGGGGUGCUGUCUUCAGCUGUCCCUGGCAGAAAAGUGGCUCGUGCACCCAGAUUGAGUUUGACAGCUCUGAUGACAGGAAGAAUUCCAAUGGACAGCAAAUGGAGUUCAAGUCAAAUCAAUGGUUUGGGGCCACCGUGCGUUCCUCUGGGGACCAUAUUCUGGCAUGUGCUCCUCUCUACCAGUGGAGCACGUAUGGAUUAUCAGAGAGAGAGCCUGUUGGGACAUGUUACCUGAAGAAAGGCAAUAACAUCGUGGAAUAUUCACCUUGCCGCUCCAACUCAAACUCACCUGAGGGACAAGGAUUUUGUCAAGCAGGUUUCAGUGCUGACUUUGUGAAGAAGAAUCGGGUUGUUAUUGGAGGACCAGGAAGCUUUUAUUGGCAAGGUCAGCUGAUCUCGGAUGAUAUCACGGAGGUCAUCAACAGAUACAAUAAGGAGUUUUUUACUCCUUACGGUAACCAGUUAUCAACCAAGUCAGCCGGGGCUCAGUAUGAUGACAGUUAUUUGGGUUACUCUGUGGCCAUCGGUGAUUUUAACGAUGACGGUGAAGAUGAUUAUGUCACUGGAGUUCCUCGAGGGGAGAAGGCUCUCGGUUAUGUAAACAUUUUUAAUGGGAGGAACAUGGAGUCCGUGUAUAAUUUCACAGGCACACAGAUGGCUGCUUACUUCGGUCAUUCUGUAGCAGCUGUUGACAUCAAUAAUGACAAGAAGAUGGAUUUGUUGGUGGGGGCUCCUCUGUUCAUGGACCGUGGCUCAGAUGGGAAGCUGAGGGAGGUGGGUCAGGUCUAUGUCUACCUAGGCAAAGGUGGCUUCACUUUCAACAAUGUCAUCAAACUCACUGGUUCUGAGAUCUAUGCUCGAUAUGGAAGCUCCAUCUGCAGCCUGGGAGACCUCAACAUGGAUGGAUAUAAUGAUGUGGCCAUUGCUGCCCCAUAUGGUGGGCAGUUCCACCGUGGCCUGGUGUACAUUCAUAACGGGCGUCCCACAGGGCCCAAUCCUGUGCCCUCUCAAGUUCUGGAAGGAACAUGGGCGUCUGCUUCCAUGCCUUCUAGCUUUGGCUAUGCCAUGAAUGGAGGCACAGAUGUCGAUCAGAAUGGAUACCCUGACCUGAUUGUUGGGGUGUUUGGCGCUGACAAAGCUGUUCUGUACAGGGCUCGCCCGGUCAUCAGCGUGAACACCACACUGGAUAUCAGCCCACAGAUCUUAAACCCUGAAGACAAGAGCUGCACCCUGCCUGGUACAACCACCGUAGUUUCCUGCUUUAUUGUGAAAUACUGUCUGAAGGCAAAUGGCAAGGGAGCGCCGUCUUCUCUUCAUUUUCAAGUGGAUCUGACCCUGGACCGUCUCAAACACAAGGGAGCCAUCAAACGGGUGCUGUUCCUCCAUAACAAGAUGUCUCAUUAUUCAAAGAACAUGACCGUCUCCAACAGCCAGGGACCGGCCUGCGAGGAGCUUCAGGCUUAUUUAAUUGAUGACUCAGAAUUCAGGGAUAAGAUCACACCCAUUUCUGUUUUUAUGGAGUACAGUUUGAAUUACAAGGCAGCUGCAGAUAAGACCGGCCUGUUGCCCAUCCUUGACCAGUCUGCACCUACAAACGUCACUAAGCAGGCCCACAUACUCCUGGAUUGUGGCGAAGACAAUAUUUGCAAGCCAGACUUGAAACUGUCUGUUGUGAGUGACCAGAAAGAGAUCUACAUAGGUGACGAUAACCCCCUGACCCUAGAGGUCACGGCAGAGAAUGGAGGAGAGGGGGCGUAUGAGGCCGACCUUACCGUGACCCUACCAUCUCAGGCAGAUUUCAUUGGGGUCGUGCGUAACAGUGAGACACUGUCUAGACUGUCCUGUGCCUUCAAGAAAGAGAAUCAGACCAGAGUGGUGGUUUGUGAUCUUGGGAACCCAAUGAAAGGAGGAACUAAGAUAAUAGCAGGAUUGCGCUUCAGCGUGCACCAGCUCUCUGAACAGGACACAGAAGUCAAGUUUGACUUGCAGAUACAGAGCUCAAAUCAGUUCAACAAUACCAGCAAUUUGGUCUCCGUUGUCACAAAGCUUGCUGUGCUGGCCAAAGUGAAAUUAAGAGGGGUGUCUGCGCCAGAGCAGGUGUUUUUACCCAUCGCUAACUGGCAGCCAAAAGAGAGUCCUGUUCUGGAGGAUGAUAUUGGACCUCUUGUACAGCACAUCUAUGAGCUAAGGAACACAGGACCCAGUACUUUCAGUAAGGCCAUUUUGGAUGUGCAGUGGCCAUACAGAUUCAACAAUGGCUCUCUGCUCUACAUCACCAAGUUUGAAGUGGACGGAAACAUGAAUUGCAGCUCAAACAGGGAGCUCAACCCGCUUAAUGUCACUAAUCCCAGAUUUAUUGACAAAAAUGAGACCUCUGCCAGCGGAGACAGAGCUGAGGGGAGGAACAGACACAGCGUCCACCGCAGAGACCUGGAGGACAAACAAGGGGAAGAGAACCUGGAGAUACUGGAUUGUGGGAAUGCGGAGUGUCAGGAGAUUAAGUGUUGGGUCGGCCGGCUGGAGAAAGGCCAGAGUGCCAUUCUAUUUAUUUACUCCAGACUCGCCGUGAGCACGUUUCUCAAGGCUGAAAGUCAAAACAAAUCGUACAAUGUUCGCUCCUCAGCCUCCUUCAGUGUCAUAGAGAUGCCAUAUAAAAAUCUGUAUUCUGAGCUCCCAGCCAGCACAACAUCGGCCUCUCUGAAGGUGAUCUGGAACUCCGAGAACCCUCAGCCUGUCCCAGGAUGGGUGGUGGCUCUGGCUGUCCUGGCUGGACUUCUGCUCCUGGCUCUGCUCAUCUUUGUCAUGUAUAAGUUGGGCUUCUUUAAGCGUGUGCGGCCGCCCCAGGACGACAGCAUAGAGAAAGAGCAGCUUCAGCCUCAGGAGAACGGAGACAGAAACACAGAAGCCUGAGCUAUUCAUCUUCACUAGUCUAUCACAGUGACAACUCAAUAAUGCCACAUCAGCAGGCGCGUGCCUGAUUUACAGCAAUGCUGAUGAGAGUACAACACAUCCUUCGUCUUUAUUAGCAGGUCAGCAUUUCAUCAUCCAGACAGCCUUGAUGAGUGAGAUGGCUGUCAUCAUUUGAAUGGUACACAGCUGAGGUGGUUUGAAUAACCAUGAUGCUCUGUUAAUAGGACUAAAGCCCUGUGCCUGUCCCAUUUCCCCUGUGCUCUGGUCUUUUAACUGCACUGAGUCUUAAGAUGAGAUUUGAUUUUGGGUAUAGAGAAUAACACAUUUAAAAUUGCAAAUUGUUUACAAGUAACAAAAAUAAUAAUUCGUAAUUGGUACAUCAUUAAAUUGCUGGUUCUGCUUCUUCUGUGGGAGUUAUAUUGUUUAUCACCGCUCAGUUUCUGCUGUUUGGGGGAUUUCUGUAGGACUUUGGACUUUCAGUUCUUAUCUGUUUUCUUUGCAGUUGUUUCUGCUGUUGGGAUUUGAUUUCUUAUUUGGGCGUAAGGUGUAUUAUUUUGAGAAAAUAUUCUUAUGUUUGUCUACUGUAAACACAUUAUUUUAGAGCAGGGUUGUGUUUGUGCAUUUGGAGCAUUUGGUUGAAUUUGUACUAUAAAAAGAAAAAAUAAUAUCUUUGCACAAUAGAGCAAUAAAAUGGUAGCAUUUUUGUAUUUUGAAAACCACCCUUUAUGGACAGAGCACCUUUAUUAUAAUUUUUUUAACUCCCCUUUAGUUGAAAUAUUCCUCUUGGUCAAAAGUAUUUUUUAUUGAUGAAACCCUUUUUUAAAGAUCUCUUUUACACAAAUUCAUGUUGAUUAGAAUCGGAAGUAGGUGAUGCAUCCCGAUUAAUAUUAAAUGAUAAGAAUAAAACAGUUUUGAUGGUAUGGAUGGAAAAACAUCUAAAUUUAGAAAACUGAGGCUGGAAUCCUUAACAAUAUUGGCCUUUUUAAAAUUUUGUUAUAUUAAAAACAAUAAAUGAUUUUAUGGAUUAAAGGUUGCGGUUCAUAGUUACUGGUCUUAAUUUUGACUUCAGAUAUACUGAAAUACAUAACCCAUAACACUGAAAAAAAACAAAAAAAAAACUGGAUUUCUUAUGUUGCUGUAUUAUAGUAAUGCUGCUGCCCAUAUGAAUUUACCCAUAUUGGGUUGCCAAGUAUGUUGUCUAAAUGAAAAAUUGUACACAUUUAUAAUUCAAUCAAAAUUAUGCAUUUUCCACAAAUAAAAUGAUCCAGAAUAUAGUCUCAUUUGUUUGUAAAGUUUGUAAAAAAAAAAAUUUAAAUAACAGAACAUAAUCAUAGCAACAAAAAUAUGUAUUUUUGAGAACCUACCAUGUUUAAAAAUGAUCACGGACUCUUGACUUUAUUUUUGACUUUCCUUUUCUUUUUCCCCCCACGAUUUUGUUUAGCAAUAUGUUGUUAAUGCUUCUGUAAUUCAAUAAACAAAUAUACUGA